AUGUCGACGCCUCCUCCACCUACCGCCGCAACGCCCGUCUUGCAACCGGCCAUUCCUCCUCCAUCGUCAUCAUCAUCACCGUCAUCAUCAUCACCUCACUAUGCUGGCAUGAUGAACGGCAUGGCCAACAUGUCUAUCCAUCCUUCACCAACGUCGGCGGUCCGCCAAGAUAUUCCCCUCAUUGGCCAACCUCCUCUCCUCCAAGAUCUUUACCUUCCCGUGCCUGAACCUCGUUUGCCCAACAAUGUAAAAAAAAAUAUCCAAGUGCCGGUGGUCGCGGAUACCGUGGUCAGUCGAUGUACUCGCUGCAAGACCUAUAUCAAUCCAUUUGUUCAGUUUACCGAAGGCGCUUUAAAGUGGCGAUGUAAUAUGUGUGGCAUGGACAACGAUGUCCCGCCCGAAUUUGAUUGGGACAUCUUGAGCCAGCAACACGCCGACCGCUGGAGUCGGUGUGAACUCAACUAUGGCUGUGUCGACUUUACCGCGCCGGCCGAGUAUAUCAUGCGUCCUCCUCAACCUCCAAUUUUCGUAUUUGUCAUUGAUACUUCGUUCCAGGCCAUUCAGUCCGGUAUGAUUGAUGCUGUCGCCGACGCGAUUCUAGCUUCUUUGGAUAAGAUCCCCAAUGAGGAUGGGCGCACCAAAGUCGCAUUUAUCACGGUCGAUCAUGCUGUAUCGUUUUACAGAUUGGUCGAGCAAGAACCCGAGAUUUUGGUGGUGGGCGAAUUGGCCGAUAUGUAUUUACCACGAGCAUCGAGUGAUCUCGUCGUCAACUUGGCCGAGAGUCGGUCCAUCAUUGAAGAUUUAUUAACUCGCAUGAAGACCAUGUUUUCCCAGUCGAACGCCAGCUCCAAUUGCCUAGGCUCAGCACUAAAGGCUGCCCAAUUAUUACUGUCCCCUGUCGAUACGACCAUCAUGACACCGUCCAGUUCCUUUUAUAAAACAUUUGCAGGCGAAUGUGCCAAAGCGCAAAUUUGCGCUGAUAUGUUUGUCUUUGGUGGCCCUGUAUCGGAUUUGCCAACACUAAAUGUGAUUCCCCGGUUUACGGGCGGUCAGACGCAUUACUAUCCGGCGUUCAACCAAGCCAACGUGUCCGAUGUCGUCAAAUUGAAGGAAGAAGUCAAAAUGUUGCUAGGGGAACACAUUGGUCUUGAGGCGGUGAUGCGUACGCGUUGUUCUCCCGGAUUGAUAUGCAAAGCUUUCUAUGGCAACUGUACUACGCGCGUGCCUGACAUCAUGGCACUUCCCAAUGUACCACGCCAUCAAUCGUACUGUGUCGAUUUAGCGAUUGAAGAAGACAUCCAAUCGUCUAUGGCCUUUUUCCAAACCGCGUUACUACACACCACAUGUACGGGCGAACGUCGUAUUCGAGUAAUGACGCUCUGUCUUCCCGUCACCAAGACCAUUGAUAAAGCGGCGAUUUACAAAUUGCGUGAUGCACGCGAGUAUUUAACACGAAGUGUGAUCGACAUCUGCAGUGGUUACGGCAAAGAAAUCAUGGGAUCCGGCGCUUCGGGAGCAGCUCGGUUAACCAUGUGCCGUGAAUUAAGUCUCUUGCCGCUGCUCGUCCUGGGGAUUUUGAAAACGGAAACGUUCCAGGAUGCACCAGCUAUUCCUCUGGAUGUGCGUGCGCAAUCGACAAUUUUAUUGCGAACCUUGCCCAACGAAGCGUGGUUGAAAUUUGUCCAUCCCAACUUUUAUUCACUCCACAACAUGCCGCAACAGGCUGGCACCGUGGAUUCUCAAACCGGUAAAUGCAUGAUGCCUCCUCGAUUGAAUCUGUCGAGCGAAAAAUUGGAAGCGCAUGGCUGUUACCUGGUGGAAAAUGGCCAAACUAUUUUCAUCUGGAUUGGGAAGGAUGCGGUCCCGGCGCUGUGCAUGGAUCUCCUCGGCGCCCCGAAUAUUCAAGAAGUCAAAACAGGACAGAUACCUCAACUGCCUGCAUUAAAGUCAUCCUUUUCGCAACGUGUCACAUCGAUCAUUGAUCAUUUGAGAAAAGAUCGUUCAAGUAAUUAUUAUCCUACCCUUUACAUUGUUAGAGAAGACGGCGAUCCUAUGCUACGCUCGUGGUUCUUGGCGCGUCUGUUAGAAGACCGUCAACCAACAGGUCCGGCCAUCGCGGGAGCCAACCAAGAUCACAUGAGCUCCGGUAUGAGCUAUUUCCAGUGGCUAGGAUUCCUUCGUGCCAAAUAUCAAUAG